AUGUCCCCGCGCAGCGCCGACGUCACCCCGACGGCUUCAGCAGCCCGAGAGCCCGGAGCCAAUCAGGGCGCGCUCCCUCUCCCCCGGCCCGGCCCCGGACCUGCGUCACUUCCGGUGGUGCAGCAGCCAUUUUCUCAGUCGCCAGCGGAUCCCGCGCGCCGGAGAAGUGCAGUUCCCCCUGGUUACCAACGCGUUAGUGCUCCCUCCUCCGCGCUGCGGGCGCGGCCGAGGGGCGCUCCCCGCAGACACAGCCGCUCCUCCCCGCAGUGUCCGCGCCGCGGUGACCUCCGCCCGGAGCCAGAGCCGCUGUCUUCCUCCCUCGCCCCCUGA